AGAAACCAAAGCCAGGCACCAAUCUCUUAAUUCCUUUAUUUGUAUAUAUACUACCACCAUCUCAGUCUCACCUUCUUAACCUCGUCGAAUACACACACACAUAUAUUCCUCACCCGAAAACAACGACAACACAGAUCGAGCUACAGGGAUUGACGUCAUGGAAAACAGAGAACUACGAGAGGUAUUUGACAGACUGGAGAAGAGCAGCUCAAACAGCUCCAAGUCGUCGACGGCGUCGACGUCGACGAAGACGUGGUCGUUAAAGAAGGUGAUCAGCAAGGAGCUGUGGCCGAGGAAAUUAUCUUCGGUGUUCCGGUGGAAGCGUGUCGACUUGCGGCUGCGCAUCAUAGACGACGUCGUCUUCAAGAUACUCUCUGUCGUGGAGGCUGUCGUUCUGGUCUCUACCCUAUGCUUCUUCUUCCUUUGCUGCGGUUGCCACAUCUGACGUCGAUCAGCUAUGGAAAUUCAUUUCAUUCUAAUUAGUUUCUUAAUUACUUAUUCUUAAUUAAUUAGUUCCUAGCUUGUUCUGCUGAUGAUAUUUAGGCUUUCUGGUAUUAUAUAUUUUGGGUUUCUUUGAUGGUGAUUUUGGUUUUGUUUGCCAAAAUUGGGCAUAGAAAGCAUGUAAUGUAACAUUAAAGACUCCUUCGUUCUGAAAAUUAAUAAGAUGAGCUCUGCAAUCAUUUAUCAUGUAAUUAAGCUUUUCUUUGAGUCUUAA